UUCACAUUUCCUCCUCCGCUCGCUUUCUUGUCAGUGGCUCAUAAACAGACAUAAUGAGAUGUCUACGGCAUUUGUUUGACGCGCUGAAGGACAGCUUGAUGAAGAUGUGUACUGGUUGAUGACGGCGUACACAGACACGGUUGCAGGUUGAGACUGAAUGCGGCUGAGGUCUCGACAUCACUGAAGAAACUGAAACUAAACACAGAUAAUGAGUGCACCUGAAGCGCAUGGACAUAUCUUACUUAAGACAAGCCCAAAGGUUGUGGAAUCUUUUGAGUGGUGCCAUGACCAGUCAGGGUGGUGGCCAUGCAGACACUCUAAGGCCCCUAUCUUCUUCCUCUUCUUCUCGGCCCUCCACUGCCCCAAAGCUACAGGUGCAGCGCUCGCUCUCCCGAGAUACCAUUACCAUACACUUUUCUGCCAAAGGAAAUGAGGAAGAGGAAGAGGAAGAUGAGCUCUACAGGCUGGCCGUUUCCCCUUCCAGUCUAGAAACUGAAGAUCAGAGUGUAGUCACAGCUCAGGAGGCCAGCGAGGAGCUUCUCAUGGAAGGGCUGGUGGCAGAUAUGGUUACAGGGGUGUCGUCCCCCUCAUUCUCCCAGACUCACAGCUCUGCCCUGGCAAUCCAGAACCCUUCCAUCACCCUUGCUGGCUCAUCCACUUCUAUUCCUGUUAGCUCCUCAUGGCCCUCAGAACAAAAGUCAACUCCCCUUAUACCUUCUACCCAUUCAGCCUCUUCCAGCUCAUCCCCAGCCAAGGCUUCUGCCCUACCCUCGAAACCUUUGUUCAGCCUCGUCAAGUCCCUUUCUACUGAGGUGGAAUCUCGGGAUGCUCUUGCAGUUGCCCCCCAGGCAAUGAGGCAUCGUCAUUUGAUGAAGACACUGGUUAAGUCUUUGUCCACUGACACAGCCCGACCUGAACAGGAGGCUUCAUCUACUCAUCGGCCCCCAGAUUCCCGACUCAACUUACACCUUUUCAAACCUUUUACCCAACCUCGCAUUCCAGCUGCCAGUGGAGACUCCAAAACUGCUCCCUCCUCCCCCCUUGCCUCAUCUGACUCGCGCUCCUUUUUCAAGGUUCAGGAGGUGGAGGCACGUAUUGAAGACACAAAGCGGCGCCUGUCGGAGGUCAUGUUUGAUCCCCUUCACCUACUCAGCAAAAUCAUUGGUGAGGAACCUGGUGUCAACACAAACACUUCCACUACUACAACAACCGGGAUUUCCUACUGGUCCAGAAACCUUUCCUCCAGUGCCUCUGAACUUUCCAACCUGUCUGCACUCAAUGGCCACUCAGAAAGUAACAACAACUACUGCAUCAAGGAAGAGGAAGACCAGGGGGAUAGUCCUUUAGAUGGGGCAACCAUUGAGUUGCGUCUGCAAAGGUCUCCCUCUCUGGGCUUGGACAGGUGUUUCAUGUCGACCCUUGCCCGUCAGGAAGAUGAAGAGUUCUGCGAGCUCUACACCGAAGACUUUGAGCUCUGUACUGACACAGAGCUGGAUGGAGAAGAGCCUCAUUCGUCCCAGGUCAGACGAGGAAGUACAGAAGGAUGCAGUGAGGAACCAACUGAAGGAGGGGAGGAGGAAGAGGAUGAAGAUGAGCCACCAGGGGUACCCCACAACGGACUGAUUCUUCUUAUAUCUAUAGUGUACGGUUACUUUGUGUUGCCACUGCCUAGCUAUGUGUGUUGGGUGUUUAUGGGAGUGGCUGCAGGUUUCAUGUUGGCGAUACUGAUGGUGUGGUUGUCUGCAAGUCGCAGAUCUUCGUGGGGCCGUCAUGGCAGCUGGAGCCGGAGAGAGCAAUGGAACAGGAUUCCUCUAGAUAUCAAAGAACCGUCCAUCUACAAGGGCUGGAUGAAUGAGAUUUGCAGCUAUGACCCCGAGACGUAUCAUGCUACACACACCCACUCUGUGUAUGUGCGGCUGGAGGGCUCCGUCCUGCGCCUGUCUAAACCCAACCGCAACAUCCCUCGCCGGGCAACCUUAAACGAGCCCAAACCUGAUGUAACCUACAUCAGCCAGAAAAUAUAUGACCUCACCGACAGUAAGGUCUACCUGGUGCCUCAUGGUCUGGCCAGGAAACGGGUGUGGAAUAAGAAAUAUCCCAUCUGCAUUGAGCUGGCCAAGCAGGAUGACUUCAUGGCUAAAGCCCAGGGAGAUAAGAUCGAGGCGGUGGAGGAGAAGACCCCUGCUGCAGGAGACAGGAUUGAGGUGGUGGGCACGAGUGAGGAACCGAAGAGAGCGCACACAGUGCCUGUGCUGUACCUGUUUGGGAGGACUGGAAGAGAUAAAGAGGAAUGGUUCAGAAGAAUGCUGUUUGCGUCCAAACUGAAGUCUGAUGCCAAGAAGUCUUCAGGCCGGCCUACCAGUUGUUUAUCUCAUAGUCGCAGCAGCAGUCAUGGCAGUCUCGAUGAAGUUCUCCAGUCUCAUCCCAGACAGAAAGAUCUUGGUGCCAGUGUCAAACAAAAAGUUCUGGAAUACAACAUCUACAUGGCCAAAUAUGUCAGCCAGUCCACAGGCAGCCCUGUCACAAGCCCUGUGCAGAGUGCUGGGAGCAGCCCUGGAACUGUUAAGAAGUUUCCAGCCAGUCAUGUGCAGGAGGCGGAGUCUGAGGCCUGGGUCAAUGCACUCUUGGGUCGCAUCUUCUGGGACUUCCUUGGAGAGAAAUACUGGGCAGACAUGGUUUCCAAGAAGAUCCAGAAGAAGCUGAGUAAGAUAAGGCUGCCAUACUUCAUGAAUGAGUUGACCCUCACCGAGCUCGACAUGGGCAUUUCUAUCCCCAAGAUCCUCAGCUCCUCGAAACCAUCUGUAGAUCACAGAGGCCUUUGGUUUGAUUUGGAGAUCUCCUAUAAUGGUUCUUUUCUUAUGACUCUUGAAACCAAGAUGAACCUGACCAGGCUUGGAAAGGAGGGAGAAGGUUUUGGUGAACAGGGCAAGGAAGGACCCAGACCACGCACUUACUUCCUGGCAGACAGUGAUGAGGAGUCAUCCAGUGCGGGAUCAUCUGAUGAGGAGGAUACUGCAGAAGUGCCUGAAAUUCCAGGAGUGGAGGGUUAUGUUGGAGGUCACCGACCCAGUAAAAUCAUGCGCUUUGUGGACAAAAUCACAAAGUCCAAGUAUUUCCAGAAAGCCACAGAGACUGAGUUCAUCAAGAAGAAGAUAGAGGAGGUGUCUAAUACUCCUCUGCUCCUCACGGUGGAGGUGCAGGAGUGUCGAGGAACUCUCGCUGUCAACAUCCCACCACCUCCAACUGACAGGAUAUGGUAUGGUUUCAGAAUACCUCCUCACCUGGAGCUGAAAGCUCGGCCCAAACUGGGAGAGAGAGAGGUUACAUUUGCUCAUGUCACAGACUGGAUCGAGAAAAAACUAAAUCAGGAGUUUCAGAAAAUAUUUGUAAUGCCAAACAUGGAUGAUGUCUGGCUGCCUAUCAUGCACUCUGCCAUGGACACACGCUCCAAUGCCAACACCAUGAAAGACGGGGAACUCUUGGACACUGAGGAAUCCAUCGAUGACAUGUGAAGAUUCGUUGCUACAAAAGAUAAAACACUAAAAUCCCAUGAGAGCAAGACAAUACCGAAGCUGACAAUAACAAGUGCCAUGUUGCCCAUUAAACAGAGCUGUGAAAAAUGUGAACACAUCUAUAACUACAAGAAAGGACCAUACGUUUUGCUUGCCUCUGAUCUGUUGGGACAUUCUGUUGCCUUCAAGAGGAUCAUAAGAGUUGUCAUAGGUGACACAAACACUGCAUAUGCAAAUGCACAUGCUACUGACCCUCAAACAAGACAAAGAGGUUUUGGUAAAGUAUGAAAUUUCACUACAAAUCACAAGCACACAGGAGAUGACUUUUAAAAACUAAUGAAGAGGCAGCACAGAACAUAGAUGGGCAUAUAUGUCUCUGGAUGAAGUGUACGCUACCUCUUUUGAUGCAUGCCGUCUUACCAAAAUCCUGGGAGACGCAUGACAGUCAAUGCAAGAGGUCUACAAUAGCUGGAGAGAGCUAUUAAUUAGUAUUUUCAUUAAUCUCAGUCGCUUGGUGCCAUCUUUGCUCAUGGGCAUUCAGUUCUGGGUACCCAUUUUUCGAGCAGGUCACCUAAACCAUAACUACCAUGUGACAAUCCACUCUGGAGCUGGAGGAAAUGCAGUCACAACAUUGCUGAUUGACAUCAUAAGAACCUAUACAGUCCCUAACCAAUGAGGCAGCAAAAAGGGGGAAAAAUAUGUCAAUUUUACGCUUUUAAGAGUGACCAAAAAAAAAAAAAAAAACUGGUCACUGGUAAAGCAUAUACGUCAAUACAAUGAAAUAAUUGUGAUUCAUAUGUUGCUUGCAAAAACAAUUAUUUUGGCAGAAUACAUAGUUUUUAUAAAUGAAGGAAUGUACAUUUUGCACCCAUAAUGGUGUAAAACUAGACCAUGCUAACCAGCCAAACCUUGAUUUUAAGCCAAUCAUCUCUACUUUUACUUCACCAAUAGAUUGGUCUACACAUAAAAUGUACAAUCUGAGGGUCUGACUGGAUUUUUCAUUAGACAAGAGUGCCUGCUGACCACCUUAGAGGGUCUUAAAUUUGAUAUUGUGCAUCCUCAUGACAUAUAGAAAGUUGCAAAAACCAGUUAGGGAAGUAUCUGUUCAUUCUAAUAGAAACUUUAAGCCAAAACUUCAAGCAUUUUCGAGAUGUGCACCCUUGUAUGAUUUCAUUGAUUGACGUAUGCUUCUAGCAGUUUGUUAGACCGCACAGACGUGCUAGUACUAUCCUCUUCCAGUCACUGCUGCCUGAGCCCUCGGUGUGGCGUCUAAUUAUGCAAUUAGAUCAAUUUCACUGUGUCCCUACUCAAGUAGCCUAUUCUAGUGGAUAGGGUUCAAGAGCUUAUGUUCAGACUCGUUGCUCCUCUGCAGUGGGCUAGAUUAGUGGUUCUCAACUGGUGGGUUGUGAUCCAAAAACGGUUUGCAGGUCCACAGAGAAAAACAGUGCUAAACACAAAUAAAA